ACCUAACCAAACUUUUAAGUUAUAUUAUUUGUGUCACUUGUAAGAGUAGAGUAUUGCUUCAUUGUGUUUAGGAAGCAAUACGUUACUAAAAGAAAUUUUCUUGCCUUCCAAAUACGAAGGCCAUUGUUCGAUAGCGUUAUGUAGUCCAUAAGACUCGUUCGUAACUUUCGGACCGAAAUACAUAUAUAAAGCCUCAACAAUGACUUCACAGUACACAAGAGACCAACUGAAGCUGUGUGUUGCUAAAAUGUGCAUCACUAUAGGAUGGCAUUCCAGCAUGACGACCCCUAUCGAAAUCCUCACCGACAUUUUAUCAAAUUACUUACAUCAGUUGGGCCGCUCGACAAACGAAUAUGCCAACGGCUUUGGCAUGACAGACCCGAAUUUGGAUCACUUGGGAUUGACCUUUCGUGAUUUUCACAUCAAUUUGUCAGAAUUACAGGAGUAUGUUAAAAAUGUGGACUGUGCCGAAUCGGGUACAGCCAUUCCGAAAUAUCCGAUACCUAAGGAAGAUCAUUUAAAUUUUUUAAAGCCGGGAAGCAAAGAGGUUGUUACACGACAAGUGCACAUUCAUGAACAUUUACCUCCGAUGCAUCCAUUGUUAGAAGCUGCUCAAAUGCCGACUGAAUCAAAUAGUAAUAAUGACACUACAGAGGAAAUUGAUGUUGUCGAAAAUACAAGUCCUGUGUUUAAACGGCCACAGGAAAUUUCUCAAGGAGAUUCUUUUAAAAGACCAAGACUGCUUCUUGAAGACGAAGGACGUCCGACAAGAGAAAUAAGCAGUGUAAUGAUGACUACAUCCGGGUUUCUAUCACCAGCACGUGAAGGAAAACUACCCGAAGCACGUACUCCAAUGCCCGCAUUGGAACCCAUUAUUUUACCACCAGCCUUGCCUGCUGAACAGCCUGAGGUGCCUGUAACUAAGAAGUUGCCUAAGACAACGAAAAAAAUUGAAAAGAAAAAGGAAAGGAUAGGGAAGGAGUUAUUCAAACCGCUCGACGAUCCAGGCCAAAAAGUACCGAAAAAAUUAGGAACCCCAUCCAAGGAUAAUUCAAAAAGCAAAACAAAGUAUCAGGUCCCUCCACAGAUGAGUUCCGCACCCAACUUUCCAAUAAUGGGCGACUUGAACAUCUCACUAAUACCCAAUAAGAUGGCAAUGAAUCCACCACAGAAAAUAAACAAAGCAUUAGCCGCAGCAAGAUUGAAAACAGAAAAAUUGAACACUACCAUAACACCGAUACCGACAAAACCUGUUAUCGCACCCCCUAUACCUAUAAUUAAACCAGAACCGAAUGUCGAUAAAUUAUUUACCGAACCAGAUAAAAGGAAAAUUAACAUCCUGAAGAAGAUAUCGGUCAAAAACGAAAAAAUGGCCAAAGUUAAAGACGACAUUAAGCAAGAAUCAAGAGAGAGUUCACCUGAUUUAGUCAUUGACGAAUCUAUAAACGAAGCUACUAAUAAGGUUCAUCAUCUAUCGAGUGACAUUACAAUUGAACUCAUAGAUUCAAUUCCAUUGGUGAAAGAUAAGACUGAACGUCUAUAUUUUUACGACGACUCACCACCAGGUACGCCCUCGACGCCCAAAACACCCGAAAUGAUUUCCCAAAGUCCACCUCUAAAUAAGGUGGAGAAACGCAAACGCAAGGACAAGUCGAAGAUUAAAAAAAUCCAAAAAAUUAGUAGCCCGGCACGGUUAGACACAGAUAUAAUCGACAUGGAAAUGGAACGGCCGAAAACUCCAGAAGCUCAUGUAGUUAUUAAACCGGAAAAACCAGAAAUAUCUGCCUCGACUUUACCAUUUCCAUUUUUUCCAUCGUUUGCCGGUCCCGGUUUAAUUCCACCACCUCUGGGAAAUCCGUUGUUUUCUCAUCUUUCCAUUCCGCCAUUGGGAAUUCCCAGUUUCGGUCAUCCUCCGUACAUUCCGCCCGUUCAUCCGAACUUACCAAUGAACUUUAUGCAAUCUAUCAAACACGAGGAACCACCCCAGAAGUCCCCUUCAGCUGACAAACCCGCUCCCGCUCCGGCCAUGUCUGCUACAGUCACGGAUGAUCCACCGACUCCGAAGGGGGACAAGAAGAAUAAAGAGCACAAGAAAGAGAAGAAGGAUAAGCUUAAAAAGAAGAAUAAGAAAGAUAAAGUUAAAAAUAAGGCCGAAAAGAAGAAGCUAAAGGAAGACAAAAAGGAUAAGAUCAAAAAGGAGAAACGUGAGAAAAGGAAGGAAAAAGAUACACUGCGUGAUAACGACAGCAUCGUCCCGAAGUUGACUUUAAAACUGGGAUCUCCGCAUCCUGAUUCUCCUGAAACACGGAAAUUCGGGAAGAUGCAAGAUUGCGCACUCCACAAAAAUAUAAAACCGAUCGUUAAGAAAGAAGAGGAACCAGUUGAAAUCAAAGAAGUUAAAAGGGAGAUGUCACCCGAACUGGCAAAAAUAUCGGCUUUGGUUACCGGCCAGCCGAAACCCAAGACGACAACGAAUCAUGUGCCGCCACCUACAAAGGAGGAAUUGGCUAAAGAAGAAGUGGUCAUUCACACUCAAACUACAGCUAGAACGGGACCCGGUCCAGGUAGGCCGCGCAUACAUCCAAUCAAACCAAAACCCACCAAACUCAAUAAACAACAGCAGCACCCAAUGAAUUAUGUUGCAGUUUAUUCUGAGCUGGACCACCUGUGUUAUUCUGAACAACUCUGUGUGUUGCGAGCUGUACAAUGGAUGAAAGAAAUGUAUAAAUCACUAUUGCCAACUUGAGAAUAUCUUAAUAGGCAGUGGUACGAUAGUGAAAGAAAACACAGCAACUUUGAUACGGUUUGGAGUCAAAAUCGAGAUACUAUGGACAAAGAAGUAGAAGACAUUCGACUUAAUCAAAGCAAUUUUUUAACUACGGGGUCCUAAUCUCACCAAAUGUGAAGUGAUAAAUCAAGAAAUUAGAAACAAAAAGUAUUCUUGGUUUUGUUAAAAUUAUGCUUGUGGCUUGUGGCGCUUUAUAGGCUAUAUCUGCUUCUAAUUGGAUACUUCUCUGCGUUUUUAACUUUUCUUGUACGCACCAUUAAAUUUAGGGGCGUCUCUUCUUUCAAAAUGAAAGUCUGAAAUUAGAAAAAAAGAAAACUAAAAACCAAAUUCAUCUUAAUUUGACGCGCAGUUUUUUGAAAAAUUAAUGGCCAGGUGUAGGGUUAAUAUAAUUUGGUUUCGGUUUCUUUUCCAUUGGAUCUGAAGAAGAGGAAAGAUCAGUAUGAGUCUUAAAUGUUGUUUUUGUGACCAGGAUGCUGAGUUUUUUUUGUAUUUCUUCUUCAAAAACAUAAAUUCGAAAAAUGAUUUCUUAUUUUUUUUUACAAAAAACACUAAUGCUGUGUUUCUUAAGGUCAUUGUUUGUCCGCUUGCUUUAUGCACAAAGCUUGUAAACCAACGAUUUUAAAAUGUCCACUUUCCCAGCACUAAUUAUGUAAAGUUCAAAAACUUUGUAAAAUGUUAUGUUUGUGUGUGCUUCUUUAACAUGUACAGUAUGUGUCAGCAGUAGUGACGGGAAAACUUUAUCGUUACAUAGUACUACUGCUUUCAGAUUUGCUUAUUUUCCCAGUCGCCAUUUAAGUACACAAAAAGAACUAAAAAGGAUAACAUGGUUGCGUAAACUAACAUAACCUCUAAUGAAAUGGUGAUCCGUAGAUAGGUACCUCAUUAAACUGUUGUUAAGUUGUACGACAAAAAAUUAAAUGUAGUUAAAUCAGUGUCGAAGAUUUAUAAACAAUGUAGUAGUGUUGAAGUGAAAUAAAUACAGUAUAAACCUACCUGUGUUAGAAGAAAAAACCACUAAUUUUUAGUGCACUUGUUUAUUGACAAUCGCCACACUGCGCAGUGUAUAUAAAAAUGCCUUGCUUGACUUAGCAGCCGACACAUAUUCCCUAGAUUUUCUGUUGGAGCUAUCGUUGAAGGGCCGCCAACCUUGAGGGAUGAAAUUCAAUGCCCAUGUCAUAGAACAAACUCGAAAUAUUUUGCCAGAAAUACACUUGGAUCUAAUAAGUUCAAUUCUUGAAACCGAAAUGCCAUAAAGGGUUGACUGAAACGAUCACUUCGAAUGUAAGCAGAACAUUUGGCGAGAUAUCUGGAAGUACGACUGGUGAUUUAGCAAACAAACAUGUGGGAUUCGAAAGAUCGCCAGAGGAUAACGUGUAGAUGCUGUCAUGGUGCUGGUACUUACUGAUUGGUUGGUCGUGAUUAAUCAAACUGAAUAUGAGUUGAGGACAAGUGAUAUUUUAUAUUGAAGGUUUAUAAAAUUAUGAUCGAACCUUGAGGUAAGUUCGUUUGAUCGUUAAAUUUAUUUACCUUCACUUUCCAGGUGAUAAAGCGAGUUGUAAUUGUUAGUUAUUUAGUGAGUAAAUAUAUUGAAAAAACAGUUGUUUUUAGUGAAUCGAACUUUUAACUUGUUCACCCAUCUUCAUUGGAAAAGUGUAAAACGUGUAUUUCGGUGACUAUAAUGCGUACCUAUGUUGUAAUGUAAAUUUGAAAUAGUUUGAUAUAUCUUUUGAAAACAGUACUGCAAAAACCAUUACGUGUAUACUGGCCUUGUGCCGUAAGAUUACUAAGGUUUGCCUAUUAACUGAGUUUUGUUUCUUUU